AGGUGCUCUCGCACACAUUCACACCUCCCCGUACUCGUCUCAGGCAUCUCUCUCUCUCUCUCUCUCUCUCUCUCUUCUCUCCUUGGCGCUCGCGUUCAUGGUGAUUCCCUAGGGUUCUUUGUUUUGCUCUCGGCGGGGAAAUCUUUGGCGGAAGAUGUCGCUGAAGCUCCGAAUCUUCGUCGAUUCCUCCAUCUCCGGCCUCCAGGGAGCUUCUAGGUCGAGCAUGGCCUGAUUUUGCCCCGCCCCCCCAACUUUUUCCUCCGCUCUCUGGUAGCAGGUGGCAGUUCUGGGAUGGAUAUGCACAAUAUCAAUGAGCAUGGGAAUGCAGAAACUUAUCUGAUUCAAAAUACUGAAACAAAUCAGCUGAUUGCAAGUCCACAAUUCGAACGAGUAGAAAGCAUGUAUAAUGAAGGACCCCCUGAGUUUCUUGUUGAUCAGGGGAUGUAUUAUCCUACUGCCAACUAUGGUUAUUAUUGUACAGGAAUUGGAACACCUAAUGAUUUGGAGGACCAUAAUAGAGUUUUUGGUAUAGAUGGUCCUGAUGUCCAAUAUACUGGUGUACAAUCUGAAAGUUUGCCUUAUGUAUAUUAUUCGCCUAGCUAUGGAUAUGCAGAGUCUCCAUACAACCCAUACAACCCUUACAUACCUGGUGCUAUGAUAGGUGUUGAAGGCCCAUUUGUGGGGGCCCAACAGUAUUACCCUUUAUCCCCUUAUCAUAAUUCUGUUUCUUCACCUGCCUAUAUUCCCAUUCUUGUUCAACCGGAUGUCAAUUCCCCUGAAGCCUUGUCAAACCCUGGGGCUGGGACUAUCUCUAGACAUGAUGCAAGAGGUUUAAAAAAUAACGUUGGCUCUGCAUCAACAACCUUCAGUAGGAACUCUACUAAAAAUUCUUCCAAUCCAGCGAAUUCUCAGAACAGGCCUUUGGAAGUUACAAGAGAGAAUGUUGGUCAAGGAAAACCAGCUGUCACCUAUGGAAGCGUUUCUUCUGCAAGUGUUUCAAAUUCUACUUCGUCACGAGUAUUUCAGGGUAGAACCACAUCCAACACCAUUCAGCAUGUAGAUAAUAACUUUAGUGGCAAGGUUCCGUCUCACCGUAACCAGCUAAAGGUUGGUUAUUCUGACUUUGGUUCAAGUGCUUAUGGAUGGGGUGCAGUGGAAAAACCUCGACCAAGAUUACAUCUUGGCAGAGUGCAGGAAAAUGCUAGUGGCCCUUUAGAUGCUCAGGGUGAACAAAAUAGGGGUCCUCGAACCAACAGAUCUAAAAGUCAGCUGGCUGUUAGGGCAUACACAGCCAAGGCAGGAGAUAGUAAUGAACAAGGGAUCAUCAUUAUUGAUGGCGACCAGUAUAAUAAAGAUGAUUUCUCUGUUGACUAUGAGGAUGCCAAGUUCUUUGUGAUAAAGUCAUACAGUGAGGAUGACGUGCACAAGAGCAUAAAGUAUAGUGUUUGGUCAUCUACUCCCCAUGGAAACAAGAAGCUGCAGAGUGCUUAUGACGAUGCACAGAAGAUAGCUGCAGUGAGAACUAAAAGCUGCCCUAUCUUCUUAUUUUUCUCAGUUAAUGCCAGUGGGCAAUUCUGUGGCGUGGCAGAGAUGCUUGGACCAGUGGAUUUUCACAAGGAUAUGGACUUUUGGCAACAAGAUAAAUGGAGUGGCAGCUUUCCUGUCAAGUGGCACAUCAUUAAAGAUGUGCAAAAUACUGCCUUUAGGCAUAUCAUCUUAGAGAACAAUGAAAACAAGCCAGUCACUAAUAGCAGGGAUACGCAAGAGAUUAUGCAUAAGCAGGGUCUGGAGAUGCUUAAAAUAUUCAAGAAUCAUAGCUUGAAGACUUCUUUGCUGGAUGACUUUAUGUACUACGAAAAUCGGCAGAAAAUGAUGCAGGAAGAGAGAGCUACGCUACUAGUGAGGAGUUUUCACCCUACAUUUGCCAUACCUACCUUAGAAGCUCCACGGAGAUUGUUUAAUAUUGUCAAUGAGCCCCAACGCGAAGGGAAAGUUAUUGAGCCGAAAGAUUUAAACAUUGCAAGGAAGAAUCCUAUGUCGGAUACUGAGCAGGUCUUUCUAAAUAGCAAUGCUGGUGGAAGUGCUACUAAUGUAAGAUCUGACGAGCAGAAAUGGUUGGAACACAAAGAUGAUGGAAUAUCUACUCUGAAGAUUGGUUCACUCACCAUCAACCCAAAGCAGGCUGAUCAGGUAUCUGUGGGCAGUGCCUCUGGAGCUGCCAAAGUCGAAACUGUGCAAGCAGAAGUCCUCACUGUCGGUUCAAUGCCUGUUAAAGUUAAUGGAUUCAACGAAUCUUCGAGUUCUUUAACUGUGGGGACAAUUCCACUUGAUCCCAGAGCGCUCCUGGCAGAAAGAGAAGGUGCUUCUAAAGGCAGUCCGCAAAAAUGAUACACAGAUUUUCACGAUUUGAAAAAUUUUACCCUCUAGGAGCAUGCCUACAUGGUUGCCAUUGUCAUGAGCCCCGAUGCAUUCAGUGUCCUGAUUAUUGCUGAUCAUUGCUGACUAUUGAAGUGUCCGUUUCAGAUUGUUCUCGUUGUUUUAUUAGCCACCGUUUCAUUUGCUGUCAGUUAAAUUGUAUUGGUCCGAAGUCUAAUUGAUGUUCUGGGUCUUUUUGGUGGGGGGUUGGUUCUUGCUUCAGAAUCAUGUGGGGACGAAUCCUUUCGCUUCUUUAAAGCUUCUUUCUAACAAUAUAUCAAAAGAUACAACAGAUUUUCUUUUCUUCG